AUGUCGCGAUCGACAGACAAGAAGCCAGUCGGGUUCGCUACCCAUAUAACUGCCGGAGGUAUCGCCGGCGCGAUGGAGGCGCUAUGCUGCCAACCUUUGGACACCAUCAAAGUGCGGAUGCAGCUUUCGCGCUCCGGACGCUUACCGGGGACAAAGCCCAGAGGAUUCCUCGAAACAGGCGCGAUGAUAGUGCGGCGAGAGACCCCGCUUGCCCUAUACAAAGGUCUCGGUGCGGUGCUCUCCGGAAUCGUCCCGAAGAUGGCAAUUCGCUUCGCCAGUUUUGAAAAAUAUAAGGCCUGGCUAUCGAACAAGGAAACCGGCAAAGCUGGUGUCGGUGGAGUCUUCAUUGCUGGUCUGGGAGCCGGUACAACCGAAGCUGUCGUAGUCGUGACGCCUAUGGAAGUGGUCAAGAUCCGCCUUCAGGCGCAACAACAUUCCCUUGCGGACCCUCUCGAGACGCCCCGGUAUCGUAAUGCAGGACAUGCUGUAUAUACCAUCGUCCGCGAAGAGGGUUUCUCCGCAUUGUACCGUGGUGUCAGUCUCACGGCCCUCCGUCAGGCAACGAAUCAAGGCGCCAACUUCACUGUCUAUCAGGAGCUCAAGAAGCAGGCCCACAAACUACAACCUUCUCUUACCGAAUUGCCCUCUUACCAGGUGAUGGCCAUUGGACUCAUCAGCGGCGCUUGCGGGCCGUUCUCGAACGCGCCGAUAGACACCAUCAAGACCCGUCUGCAAAAAUCAACUGCAGAGCCAGGCACAUCGGCAUGGUCACGUAUCAAUACCAUCGCCACGGCGAUGUGGCGCGAAGAGGGAUUCCGAUCGUUUUACAAAGGUAUAACCCCCCGUGUCCUUCGCGUUGCACCCGGACAGGCAGUGGUAUUCGCCGUAUACGAACGAGUACGCAGGGUCAUCGAGAGCAUCAGCUCCGAGGACAUGGACGACGGCUAUUCAGAAUAA